AUGAGAGUUUACAAAUUAUACGAACUACGAAGAUACUACAAUACAGCAUCGUCAUUGGCUUUUGGCUUUGAUACUGUCACAGUUCUUGCAAUCACCGUCAUCCCAUGGAUUAUUUCUUAUGUUACCUAUGACUUUUAUGAUGGCUCAUAUACUUACCAAGAAAGGCCUUCAUUAUCUUUCACCGGGAAAGUAUUUUUAUACUUGCAAAAAGAAGACGAUUUUGUGUUUUACACAAAUAUUUUCAAUCCGGAGUUAUUCUCUGGCCUGCAGUCCAAGUACAGACUAACUCAAACAAGUUUCUACACUGAGAAAGACCCCAUGACAGAAGAAGACAUUGCUUUUCACAGUGUCAUAAAAGCACCUCUUCUUUCCACAGAGAAAGUAGUGGGCUUCACCAUCAUUCUUUUAUUCGACAUUACUUCGUGGCGUUUUCACAAUAAACGAACCGAGGUUCCUUUGAUUAUUAGUAAAUCUUUUCGCUCAUAUGUCACUUCAAUAACCUAUUCAGGAGACCUUGUUUGGUCAGAAACUUGCAUGAAGUCUAAUGUAAUCACUAGAGCUAGCUAUAAAAGUAAAAAUAUUCCAAGGCAGAUCACUGACAUAUACUCAAACCUUACACAUGGCGAACUCUGUAUGCUAGAAGAUAGAAUAUAUGUCCCAACAAUCAGAAGUAGUUUUUCAGGAGGAUUUGAACUGGAUUCUACCAUACGUUUCUCUUCCUUAAGGAUCAGUGAAAAUCCUGGAUUUUGGUAUAUCAUCAAAUUUGCUUGGGUUCAGUAUUUACUGGUAGCACUAGCCUUCUUCUGUUUUGCUGAAAAAAUGCGUGCAUUUGUGUAUAACAAACAGAUAGUAAGAACAGCAGUACAUUCAACAAUUUCAAAAUCGAUGGAAACAUAUGAAUAA